UCUCACAACACACACAACAUUUUCAUUUAGCUGUGAGUUCUCCAAAUUCAUCUGAGUUUUUCAUUCUCAAUCGAUCAGCUCGGAAAAAUGUCAGGAAUUUACAUCGUCGGAGCUCUCUUGGGAACCUUUGGGUUUACAUAUGCUUUUGACAAGGUUGUUUCUGACAAAAAGUUAUUUGGAGGCAGUACUCCGUUGACCAUUUCGAAGGAAUGGCAAGAAGAAACUGAGAAGAAGCUCCAGGCUUGGCCUCGCACUGCAGCAUCUCCUGUUGUCAUGAACCCUAUCUCUCGCCAGAAUUUCAUUGUCAAAUCCACCUCUAAAUAGGCCUCAUAAUAAGCUCAG